GAAGGGUUGCUGGAUUGUGUUGAAAACCGUGUUCAUCAGCUGGAAGAUCUGGAAGCAGCAUUUGCAGAUUUGUGUGACAGUGAUGAUGAAGAGACCCUACAGAAGUGGGCUUCAUAUCCUGGAAUGAAGCCACUUGUUCAGCUAGUUCACAGUUUGAAAACCAGGAUGGAAAGCCCAGACUAUGAAAUGGUCCAUCAGGCUGGUCUGACCUGUGAUUAUAUGGAACUUCCUCACCAUGUUAGCACUGAAGAGGAGAUCGAAGGCCUCAUGCAAUCCAUUAAAGUUCUACUAAAAGAUAUACCUGAGCCCACACUCGUGACAGUUGCUCGAUCAAGUUUGGAUGACUAUUGCCCUUCAGAGCAGGUUGACAUCAUUCAAGAGAAGGUUCUCAAUUUACUAAGUUCAGUGUAUGGCACUCUGGAUGUGCACUUAGAUUACUCAAGCACCUCAUCUUCUUUGUGACCUUUCUUCAUGUAUUGCCCUCUAAUGCAGUGGAUUAAUGUAAAUUGCAUAUUAACUAUGGCUGCAAGAGGAAAAAGACUGUUAUUUCAGCAGGUGGCACUAGAAUCCAGGCUGACCAAGAGCUAGUUUUGAGUUGCAUCAAUUUCUCCGAGUCAGCUGCAUCUGAACUGUUACCUGUUUGGCUUUCUUCAGAUUAGUUCAUUUUUUAUUAUUGUUACUGUCUUGCUUGUUCUUAAAAUUGGUGCAAGAGAAACUAUCUUUUGUCCAUAAAAUGUAUUUUUUCACAUGAUUUCUUUAAAUGU